AUGCCUGUCACGCUCGUGCUAGGCUCGCAAUGGGGCGACGAAGGCAAAGGCAAGCUCGUCGACAUCCUCGCGUCGUCGGCCAACCUCGUCUGCCGUGCCGCGGGCGGGAACAAUGCCGGACACACGAUCGUGGUCAACGACGUGACCUAUGACUUCCACAUCCUCCCGUCGGGGCUGAUCAACCCGUCGUGCCAGAUCAAUCUGAUCGGGACCGGGUGCGUGGUACACAUCCCGAGCUUCUUCAAGGAACUCAAGGCGCUGGAAGAGAAAGGACUGCAAGGGGUGCGGGAACGGAUCCUGAUCAGCGACCGGGCGCACGUGUGCUUCGACCUGCACGGCGUGGUGGACGGCGUGGCCGAAGAUAAACGCAAGACGGUCGAAGGCGGCAAGGGGGUGAUCGGCACCACUCGCAAAGGCAUCGGCCCGUGCUACAGCGACAAGGUGGCCCGCCGCGGCGUCACCUUCUGGAUGCUGGUCAACGAGCAGCAGCGGUGGGUGCAGCGCCUGCGCGACCUCGAGGCCAACUACCGUCGACUGUACGGCGACGCGGCGCUGCAGGGCUACGACGUCGAGGCCGAGAUCGCCAAGCUCAAUGGCUUCCGCGCCGAGCUGCAGCAGUACGUCGUCGACCAGACCCCUCUGCUCGCCCAGGCCGUCGGCACCAAGGGCGUCGCCACCACCUCGGCCACGGCCAGCUCCAACGGCAACCACCAGCCCAACAUCCUGAUCGAGGGCGCCAACGCCCUUCUGCUCGACAUCGACCACGGCACCUACCCCUACGUGACCUCGAGCAACACCGGUCUCGGCGGCGUCUUCACCGGCCUCGCAGGCUUGUCCCCUCAGUCCCUCUCCGCCCCGGGAAGCAACAUCGUCGGCGUCGUCAAGGCUUACACCACCCGUGUCGGCUCCGGUCCGUUCCCAACCGAACUCGACGCCUCCAUAUCCCCCGUCGACGCCGACUACGGCGAACGCUUGCAGCGUAUUGGCCGCGAGGUCGGCGUCACCACAGGCCGCAAGCGCCGCUGCGGCUGGUUUGACCUGGUCCUGGUCAAGUAUUCGGCCGCCGUCAACUGCUACACCCAGAUCAACAUCACGAAACUCGACGUGUUGGACGAUUUCGACGUCGUCCGCGUCGCGACCCAUUACAAAGUCGGCGGCCAGGUCCUGACCAGCUUCCCUGCAGACCUGGACGCCUUGGAGAAUCUGGAGAUCGAGUACAAGACCUUCAAGGGCUGGCAGACCAAGACCACCGGCUGCAAGUCCUUCGAGGAGCUGCCGCUCCAAGCUCGAGAAUAUGUCGAGUACAUCGAACGCGAGGUCGGAGUCCCCGUCAAAUGGAUCGGCACAGGACCGAAGCGGGAAGACAUGGUGGUCAGAUGA